GUACGACACAACGACAAAUUAGAUUAUCUGUAUACUUUCCGAUAACACGACUCAACGUUGUGUCAAACGCAUUUUUAUUUCAUGUCAAACGUUGAAUAACUCUGCGAUAGGAAAAUUAGAUUGUAAUUUGCGUAAUGUACAAAUUAAAUUUGCGCUUUCAAGUGAUGCAGGUGUUAUUCACGUGUAACUUCUCGUUUACGCGAUGGCAAGUCGCAAUUUGAGAAUUUUAACACAUUUAACGAAUCUGCAUUUAUAUCAUUCAUACGACGCAAUGAGAAUUAAAUAAAUUUUAUAUUCGAGGAUACAAUUGGAAAAUAAAAAAUGUAAAAUGCUUUUUCGAUCGUCUCAUUGUUAUUCUCACGGAGUUACAAUGCGCCGGAUGUUGUUCGCUUUUUGGGGUUAGGAGAAGUGAACCUUUAAUUAUACACGAAAGAGGCUUGAAAUUUCUACGAACUGCUGACAGCAUAAGAGACCUUCGAUUUUAUUGAAGUGGGGCGUUUAUUCUCGAGCGUCAUUGAUACGGGUGGUGGGUGGUUGUAUGUAUGACUCGAGACUAUACAUAUAUUACGCCGUCUUUAAGCACACGAUACAGUUGCGUUCAUACUUUUGGAAGUAGUCCGUCGUCGCCUGCUAUACGUAACGUUAUUGAUGUAUAUAAGUGACGUCGUCAUUCUUUAUGCUAAUGCACAGUAUACGCAUUGUAUUUCACGGAAAAUUGAUAUUCCUUAUCAGUUUCGAUAAUAUGAUAAGAUGAAGUAUUGUAAAGCAGGCAGCUUGUUAUCAAAUCGAUUGAAUGUGUCAUCGGGAAUCGUUUUUCGUGAGGAGACAAUUUCCGUAAAAUUUACUAUGACAACAGUGAUAUUCCACAUCUAACAAAGAGGAUAUAUAAAUGGGAUCUUCUCUUAUACAAUAUAGUAAAAGCCAUUGAGUUAAAUUGAAAAUUUUCACAUUUUAAUUGUCCAUGAGGUCACAUAUAAUUCAUUUAUAAAAUAUACUUGAAGUUACAACCAACAUAUAUAUCACUUCUAAUAAUUUAUUCAGAGACAUUCGUGUACUCUCAAUGGCAAGCAGCUAUAUACAGCAUUUAUAGAUUGGAACACUGUGUUCAUUGUUAAAAAGCUUUGCGAAAGCCACCGUCAAUAUGGCUUCUGGACUAAAAGUUAUGGCCUUAUUGCUAUAUAAGGAUUUAAUAGUACGCAAGAGACACUGGCGUAUGAUUUUUUUCUUACAAACAUUAGUACCUAUUGCACUAUUCUCACUAUUACAAGCUGUGAGAGAUUUUAGCGUUCAAUCGCCAGUUAGAGUAACAGAAAACACAUACUAUCCUGUACAAACAAAAGAUGAUUUGUUAAUGAAUAUUGAUAAUGCUUUGACCAAACUAUAUUAUCUGCCACAAAAUGAUUAUACAGACAGAGUUAUGGAGUCUGCAAGACAUUGCCUUAAACUUCUGCCUGAAAAUAUGCAAGGUUUCUCAAAUGAGACUGAAAUGGAAGAUAUUUAUACAUUAUCUCAAGCUCAAGAUCCAUUAAUAUCUGUUUUGGCAGUUGUUUUCGAGCAAUACAAGGAGAAUACCAUAAAAUAUAAAAUUAGACAUUCUUGGAAAAUUCCAUAUACUUUAUAUCGAACUGUAGCAAGUGAAAAUAUAGCCACAACACCUACUAUAUAUUUCUCUAUGAUGCCAUUUGUACAGGUUCAAAUGUGUGUAGAUGAAACGCUCAUAAACCAAAUCGUACCAGAUUCUAUGUUUAAUGUAAAGCUGUCAAUACAAAGGAUGCCUUAUCCACCACAUGUUAACAUAGAUGAUAGUGAUGUUAUAUUACGCCAGAUGAUAGCUGUAUUUGCAGUUAUGAUUUUUAUAAUCCCACUUUGUAUUGAAGCCAACUAUGCAUCUCAGGAGAAGUUUAAUGGUAUAAUUGUCUUAAUGGCAAUGAAUGGAGUUAAACAAUUCUACAACUUAUUAAGCUGGUUACUUACAGGAAUGUUAGUUAGCAAUUUAUAUAUAAUACCAACAAUCAUAUUGUUUAAAAAUACUUUUAAUAAAGCGGAUGUCUUAGCCUACUUGCACUAUGGAAACGCCUUUAUAUUUUGGCUUCUAUUUAUUGCAAAUAUUGCUCAUCUUAUAUCUUUUGGCAUGCACAUUGCAGCAUAUUUUUCGAAACCACGUUUCGUAACCGUUGCCCUAUCGAUUGUCUAUAUAGCGGCAUAUGCACUUCAUGAGAACCUAUGGAAAGCAGAAGCUUUCGGAAUUAUACCAUAUUUUGGUAUAAUAUUCCCAAAUAUUCUGCUUUAUAGAUUGUUUGAAGAAUCAAACAUGUACGAAAGUAAAUUGACUGGCAUUCAAUGGGAGAACUUUUUCGUCCCUGGGAAUGUAGAAUAUGGUUUGGUAGGAAGUUCGGGUUUUAUAUUUCUCUUUACACUGUUAGGUAUUUUGAUACAUUUUACUCUCGCAGUAUAUAUAAGCGCUGUGAUGCCGGGUCAAUAUGGAGUCCGGAAGGAGCCGUUUUAUUUUUUAAAGUGUAUGAAAAAGAAUAAAAUAUCUCUCGAUGAGGAAGUUGGCGAAUUGGAUUACAACAAAAUAUCUACCGAAGAUUUUGAACCAAUAUUGGGCAGUGCACUUACACCUGGAAUACAAAUUCGUGAUCUUAAAAAGACUUAUACGACAUGUUGGCUACGAAAAUCUCAAGUUCAAGCGUUGAGAGGGAUUUCCGUAGAUUUUUACAAAGGAGAAAUUACUGCCCUACUAGGACACAACGGGGCAGGCAAAACUACACUAAUGUCUAUAUUAACAGGUGUGACCAGUCAAACAGAAGGAAAAGUAUUUAUAAACGGUAAAAACAUAGUAGAACAUUUGAAAAUUAUUAGAGAUGAUCUGGGUUUGUGCCCUCAAGAAAAUAUGGUUUUCCCAGAUUUGAACGUAUUUGAACAGAUAGAAUUCAUCGGCUUGCUGAAAGCUGGGAGAAAGACCAGGUAUCAAGUCAGGCAGGAUGUCGAUGUUUUGCUUUCUAAACUGAACCUUUCUGAGAAGAGAGAUUUUCUCCCUAGCAAACUUUCCGGUGGUCAACAGAGAAGAUUAUGCCUUGGAAUGGCACUCAUUGGCGACGCUAAUAUUUUAAUCUUGGAUGAACCGACAUCGGGGAUGGAUCCUGAAACUAGAAGAGAUACAUGGGACAUGUUAUUGAAACUUAGGGGAGAAAAAACGAUAUUGAUUAGCACACACAAUAUGGAAGAGGCUGAUGUCCUUGGCGACAGAAUCGCGAUAAUACAUUCGGGUCGCCUUAAGAGUUUUGGCACAACAAUGUUUUUGAAGAAACAAUAUGGUCACGGGCAUGUAGAAAUUACGUUAUCCAUCAAGUCUUGGUGUGACCCAGGAAACAUCAUCAGUAGGUUUGACUCGAGAACGGAACAACUUAGUGUCGACAGCGAAAAGAUCGUUUUAAAUGUACCGUAUACUGAUUCUUUACCACUAUCGCUGGAUGAUAUAGAAAGUCAAAGGAAGAAACUAGGAGUCACUGGAAUAAGCGUGUCAUUAAUUACACUGGAACAAGUGUUUUUAAAGAUCGCGAAGGAAGAUAAUGGAAAACAUCUCAACGAGUUGUUUACAGCGCCGUUAAAUAAAAUUACAGACAAUGAAUUAUACUUGCAAUCAAUAAUGGCCUUAUUUUCUAAGAAGUUUACAUACACCAGAAAAAAUUUAGCCAACUUAUUAAUGACGUUGACUCUUCCUAUCUUAUUGGUAUUUUUAAUGGCCUUAAGUUUCAAUUUACCGGGCGACCCCACCAAUAUUGUUCCGUUAGAACUUGACAUGUAUAGAUAUCCCAAAGCUAUAUAUUCUUCUAACAACGAUACAAUUGGCCGGAUAUACGGAGACAUUGUCACGCACUUCGGCGGAUCUGCAGCCGCUGUUUCAGAUAUGAGUGUUACGAAUGCACUCCUCAAUCUUUCCUUGGAUAACAUUGCGGAGUAUCGUAACAAUUUUAUCGUAUCUGCCAAAUUUAAUAUCACUGAGAAUUACACGUUGGUGAAUGGCUUUUAUUCUGGCACAGCAGUCCACAGUGUGCCGUUGACAGUAAAUCUCUUGAGUAAUUCUUUAAUCAAGACCUUCGCUGAUGAUAAAUACUCGAUCCAUGUGUCCAGGCAACAAUUGCCAAACACACUGUCCUCGACUAGAAUACAAAUAUCAGAAGCGGAAUCGCUUCCACGUACUUUGAUAUUCUGUACUUUCUUCUUCCCCACCGUGGCGCUCUUUAUAGCGCAACCUUUGCAAGAGAGUGCAACAAAAGUUAAACAACUUCAACGUAUGACGGGCGUUACAUCUAUAUCAUACUGGGGGACAAUGUUUAUUUUCGAUUUUCUCAUAUACACGGUGUGCGUGCUGCAAAUUGCUUUGUCAUUUUACAUUAUGGAUGUUAUUCUCGAUAUCCGCUUAUACUACAGAAUAGAGAUAAUGUCUACAAUAUUGCUUCUGGAAUUGUUCGGUAUUAAUGCCUUGCUUAUAGUAUAUAUGUUUAGUUUUCUAAAGAAGUCAAGGAGCACGAUAAUAACUAUCUUGGCUCUAGCACCUCUUGGUAUUGUUAUAAUACAGUAUCUACUACACAUACUAGUGUACAGCUUCGACAGUCUUAAAGUAUUACAUAUUAUACAGAAACGAAUCUUACGACUAAUUCCUUACGUAAGUUUAUACCACGGACAAAUAGCCUUUUUCAAUACAGCCAUGCAAAACGCGAGAUGUCGUCGUCUGCCAAAUAAACUUCAUGAUAUAACUUGUUUCGUCCGCGAUCCCUGCUGUGGCUUGGAUUGUGCAGAUGGAGUUUGCAGAAAUCAAAUACCUUACUUUAAGAAGUUUGAAGACGACAUCAGUUUCGAAGAGUGCAUAUUGUAUCUGGGUCUAACACCUAUUUUGUACUUUACUAUAUUGCUAUUUCUAGAGGAGAAACUGUUCCCGUUGCUAUUCGCGAAGGUUGUCAAGCCGCAAUUGAGGGACAAAUGCGACACGAUGGACGAUCAAGUGAAGAAAGAGAAACAUGCGGUAGCGGUAGAAAUUAAUAAAAUUAAUAAAAACGCAAACAUUGAACUACAAGAACCUAAAACUAGUACUGCCACUAGUAGAAAUGGCGAAGUCUUACAAAGCCCAAUCAGCGAGGGUGAUAGCCUCUUUUUAGUAUAUGAAUUAAGUAAAUACUAUGGGAAGUUGAUAGCCGUGAAGGAGAUCAGUUUUCGAGUGAAGCCACAAGAAUGCUUCGGAUUGCUCGGCGUAAACGGUGCUGGGAAAAGUACAACUUUUAGAAUGCUGACUGGGGAAGAGAUGCCUAACAGCGGCAUGAUGUAUUUGAGAAGAGCGAACAUCCAAAUGAAUAGGAAACAGUAUCUGUCUGAGAUGGGUUACUGUCCUCAAACCGACGCUCUGAUUCCUUCCUUGAACGCUUUCGAUCAUCUACGACUGUUUGCUCGGCUGCGCGGUAUACCAAAGUUAAACGUUGAGUUAGAAGUCAACAAGUGGAUCAACAGGCUGAAUUUGACUGCUUGCAUGUCACAACCAAGUAGUACUUACAGCGGCGGUAAUAAGAGACGCUUAAAUAUCGCGAUGGCUCUUAUCGGUAAUCCUACUCUCGUGCUUCUGGACGAGCCAACAACCGGCGUCGAUCCUGCAGCCAGAAGAUCGCUGUGGAACACUUUGCAGUCUUGUCAGGCGGCCGGGCAAGCUAUUAUACUUACGUCUCACAGCAUGGAGGAAUGCGAAGCGCUUUGUAAUCGACUAGUCAUCAUGGUGAAGGGUCAGUUGGUUUGCAUCGGCGCGAGCCAAGAGCUGAAACAACGAUUUGGAGCUGGUUACAAUAUCCACAUCAAACUGAGGCCGGACCGUUCGGACGAGGAAGCCGAGAGUAUUAAAAACGUCAUCGAAUCUACUUUAACGUGUGAUAUCGUCGACGAAAAUUUGAGUUUACUCGCUUAUCACGUAACCGAUUGCGACACAACGUGGGAAAAAAUGUACAGUACAAUGAAUGACAUGAAGCAAAGAUACAAUUGCAUCGAAGAUUACGCCGUUUUAUCCGCGACUUUAGAACAGCUAUUUAUACAGUUCGCUAGAGGAGUUGAAACAACGCAACCUAAAGAAUCUACAAAUUGCAUUCUCAAUCGUGAAGAAACAGUAUAAGUUGAUGUGUCUUAUAUACAAAGUAUGCUGGGAUGUAUUGAACAAGGAAUGAUACGAAUUAAUAUAUAAAAAAAUACAUCUAACCAGAAACGCUGCAGCCUGAAGAAUCUUCAGAUCGUAUUGCUAGUCAGAAAGAAGCUGUCAGGUAUAAGCUGAGUAAAGUUUUAAGUAUUAAGUAUUCUGAGAUAUAUUAAAUAACAUAGUUAAUGUACCAUGAAAUGCAUGGAGCUAGCUAAUUGUUCAUAUUGAUGUUAGUAAUUAAUCAUUAUAAUAUUACGUUCAAUUUAACAAUUUUUAAAUAUAAGUUUUAAAUUAAUUUCAUAUAAUAUUAUGUAAAUAAAAUAUUUUUGUGUUCUCUCUAUAUGAAGUGAAAGUGUAAUUUAAAUGAUAUGAAGUAUUGUACAUUUCUCAGUGUUAAUACACUUUUUAUUCCAAAAAUAUAUGUAUAUAUAAAAAAAUAUCGUAGUUGAUACAUGUAUAAUCAAUGUCUAUGCAAAGUGUGCGCGUGUGUUCUAGAUUGUCACAGAUCAUGUCGCGUACACUUGACAAAUAUAUGUCUUCGUAAUUAUCCUAGAGUCGAAGUUACAGCAUUUCUAAAAAGUCGAGCAGCAUUACACCGGUAUACAAAAUUUACUCCGCGAAGGAAAGAAAAAGAAGAUUAGAGAGAGAGAGAGA